AGACAACACCUGGAGGAUUAUAUGUCCGAUAAAUCUCAUGUGGUCUUUGGAGACGAUUUAUUAAAAUUUCCUAUUGAAAGUCUUGCAAAAACCUUCACACAGGGUCACAUUAAUGGAGAUGUCCUUGUUGACCUCAGUGUUAGUUCCUUUGUUCAUCAUCUAUAUUCAGCCUGUGAGUUUUUCCAACACAUCAUAGUCCUGAAGGCCAGUGACAGAUGCAUCAUGGAGCUGAAGAGAUGGCUGGACACACGGACAGGAGCAUUCGAUUGGGGACAUGCCACAAAACUUCAUGGAGAGAUACAAGGGAACAGUAACCAGUUUCAGGACACAGAAGGAAAAGUGAGAUCAGCAAUUCCACAUGUUAUGAAAUGUGACCUUGAGAAGGAAAAUAUGACGGAUCCGAUAGUCUUACCACCAGUAGAUUGUAUCAUCAGCGCUGUUCUCCUAGAUAGUAUCUGCAAAGACCAAGAUGAUUAUAUCAGAUAUCUCAGGAAUUUCUCAAAGUUACUGAAACCUGGAGGACACCUCAUGUUGAUUGGGGCUUUAGAUAUGACAUAUUACACAGUCGGGAAAGACAAGAUCCAUGCUUUCCCAUAUGAUGAGGAUUUUGCCAGGAAAGCUCUAGUUGGAGAAGGAUUUGUUAUAGAUUACUGUAACGUUAAGAAGAGAACGAAUGUGAGUGACCUUAUUGACUAUAAGUCCGUGAUAUUCAUUGCAGCUCACAAGGAGAAAUAG